AUGAGCGCGCUUGACGACAUACAAUGCCCUCUUCAAACCCUUGUUCUUGCUGGAGUUGGUGAAACAUGGGAUGACUAUGAAGGAUACUUCGAGAGCAAAAGGACCGCGCCAUUCACCUCCUUGGAACUGCACAACUACGUAGAUCCGGAGACAUUCGAUCAUCUAAUCAACUGGCCACAGUCGCUUAUCAUCUUUCGUUUCGUUUACAAAGGUCUGGUCCAUGAUAGCACCAUCCUGCCCAUGAUUCUUAAAGGGCUCUCAGUCCACCGCGAGACGUUGAAAGAGAUAGAUAUUAGAUCUCUACGCAUAAGAAAACGAGGAUCACUUGACUUGUCCAAAUUCUCGGCUUUAAGGACUUUGACGCUUCCGCAAGCAGCGAUUCGUUGUUCAGACGGCCUGGCAGCCUUCGAUGAUAUACGCGUGCUCCUUCCUUCAAACUUACUUACGUUCCGGCUCGACUACGCAAUAGACGAUAGGCAUGAUGAGAGCGCUAAGGAUUUCGGCGAAAACGAGGAGCAGGUCAUUCGAACUUUGGCCCUAGCGGCGGUAACAGCAAAAGCGGCACUACGUACCAUUGAAAUCGAGUUCAUCCCGUCACUCUCAAAAUGCAAGGUGGAGGAUGGCUACCCGUGGGAUCGCAUGAAUCGAAUCAAGGAGGAAAUGGAGCCACAUGGAAUACGAGUAGUGUGCCCAAAGCCCCCUUUGCCGAAGGAGGAGUGGUUGUUGGCAGUGGCAGCAGGCAAUCGUUAA